AUGUCUCACAAAGCUCCUAGCGCAGGCAUGAAGGUGACCACGGGCGACAGACCCGUUUACCAGGAAGGCCCUGGCAACGUGGCCCAGGAGUCGCUCGCAGCCGAAUCCGCCGCACGGGGCGGAGCAUUUGCGUCCAACUCGGGCAUGGAGCAGGGCCAGAAGCGAUCCCAGCAGUCGUCGUCCGAGUCCCGCGCCGGUACCGGCCAAGGCAGCACCGCCGCCAACAAGACGACCUCGGGGAUCGUCGACAGCCAGCAGACAUCGCGCGGCACCGGUACGCAACAGCCGCAACAGGACCAGCAGCAGCAGCCGCCGCAGGGGUCUUCCGACCCCCGCGGCGGCGGUAACCCAGAGGGCCGCGUCCUCGGCGCGACCACAUUCGAAACAAUGCCCGGCGCAUCCUCAUCGGGCGCGAUCCAAGAACCGCAGGGCCAGGCGGCGCCCAGCUACGUGCCCAACCAGCGCUAUCGGGACCCGGCGGGCCCCCACGGCAAGAACCUGACCGAGGGCGGGUUUGAGGGCAGCGGCACCGAGGGCGGGCCGCUGCCGGAGCCGGGUACUAUGGACGAUCCGACACGGGUGGCGACGCGGGACCUGAAGGCGGCCAUGGGUAGCCAGGGACGGGAUGCCGGACCGAGGCAGAUGGGUGGUGUCGAGGGGGAGGGGAAGAGUUGGUAUACGCCUUUGAAGGGUGAUGAAUCGGCGUGA